AUGGGUCGUGUUAUUCGCAAUCAGCGUAAAGGUCGUGGCAGCAUCUUUACCGCACACACUCGCCUCAACAAGGCCCCGGCCAAGUUCAGGACACACGACUACGCAGAACGCCAUGGCUACAUCCGCGGCGUCGUCAAGGAUAUCGUUCACGAUCCUGGCCGAGGCGCACCGCUCGCCAAGGUGGUCUUCCGUGACCCGUACCGGUUCAAGCUGCACACUGAGACCUUCAUUGCCAAUGAGGGCAUGUACACUGGCCAGUUCAUCUACGCUGGCAAGAACGCAAGCUUGACCAUUGGUAACGUACUACCGCUUGGCAGCGUACCGGAAGGUACGGUUGUGAGCAAUGUGGAGGAGAAGGUGGGGGAUCGUGGUGCGCUGGGCAGGACCUCCGGCAACUACGUUACGGUCAUUGGCCACAAUCCGGACGAGGGCAAGACCAGAAUCAAGCUGCCGAGUGGUGCAAAGAAGGUUGUGAAGAGCAGUGUGCGCGGCAUGAUCGGCAUUGUCGCCGGUGGUGGCAGGACAGACAAGCCAAUGCUUAAGGCGUCGAGAGCGAAGCAUAAGUUCGCGGUCAAGAGGAAUUCAUGGCCGAAGACUCGUGGUGUUGCCAUGAACCCAGUCGACCAUCCUCACGGUGGUGGUAAUCAUCAGCAUAUCGGUAAGGCCUCGACCAUCUCGCGGUACGCUGCCCAAGGUCAAAAGGCUGGUCUCAUUGCUGCGCGGAGAACGGGUCUGCUGCGUGGUACCCAGAAGACGAAGGAGUAG